CUAGGCACAUGAUAUAUCCGGACAUGAUAAGAUACGAUUAUUAAAUAAUGAUAACAAAUCCAGACAUGAUAACAAAAACGUCAAAAACAUGAUUUUGCGUGUGCGCGCACUGAAUGUCCGUGUCGUCUCCGUGAACGCAUUAUAUUCACGUUAUGAUGGAAGAAGUUAUGAUGGAUAAACAAAAAAUAUCUUUUUAUUUUAAAAACAAAACAACAGCAAUUAAUUUAAAUCCACAACAAAAGCCAGAGGAAGGUACUGUGGCGGAAGAUUUAGUCAUUAAUUUUCCAAAACAAAAAUCUCAGGAAGGGAAGGAGACAAACGCUGAAGACUAUGAAACUAUACCGAUCGAUAAAUUUGGAUUAGCUAUGCUUCGAGGUAUGGGUUGGAAACCUACUAAAGGUGUUGGUUUACUAAGCAUCUUGUGAGAUCCAGACACUUGUUCUAAUUCAAACCAUCAUACUUUGUGAGAUCAUUGCAACGUUGUCAUAUUGUUUGAAUAAUAUUACUGGGUA